ACAAAACCCAGACCCCCAGGUCCGGGCCAAUGGAGGCGAUUUAGACUGGAGCAGGACCGCGUCUGUCAAAAGCUCGACUCCGUAGCACCGCGAGGUCCAGAGGAAGAGCUGGAGCCGCCGCUCUGCCUCCCCGCCCCCGCCGGGAUUUAUUGAGUAUUUGGACUGGACAAUUAAGUGGCCCUGAUGAUGUUACCAAGCCCGGUCACCUCCACCCCUUUCUCAGUCAAAGACAUUUUGAAUCUGGAGCAACAGCAGCACUUCCACGGAACUCACUUGCAGGCGGAGUUGGAGCAGCACUUCCACUCGGCUCCCUGUAUGCUGGCCACGGCUGAAGGCACACAGUUUUCUGAUGCAGGGGAGGAGGAGGAGGAAGAAGAGGGAGAGAAACUGUCCUAUUUGAACUCUCUAGCUGCUGCCGAGGGCCACGGGGAUUCAGGUCUCUGUCCGCAAAGCUAUGUCCAUGCAGUCCUUCGAGACUCCUGCAGCAGGCCCAAGGAACAAGAAGAGGAGGUUGUGAGAGAACGGAGCCAAAAAAGCUGCCAGUUGAAGAAGUCUCUAGAAGCGACGGGAGACUGUAAGGCGAGCGAGGACGGCGAGAGGCCGAAGCCGCGCAGCCGCAGGAAGCCGCGGGUGCUCUUCUCUCAAGCUCAGGUCUUCGAGCUGGAGCGCAGGUUCAAGCAGCAGCGGUACCUGUCGGCGCCCGAGCGCGAGCACCUCGCCAGCAGCCUGAAGCUCACGUCCACGCAGGUGAAAAUCUGGUUCCAGAACCGCAGGUACAAGUGCAAGAGACAGCGGCAGGACAAGUCCCUGGAGCUGGGGACGCACGCGCCGCCGCCGCCACCUCGCCGCGUGGCAGUGCCGGUGUUGGUGCGGGACGGCAAGCCGUGCGUCACUCCCAGCGCGCAGGCCUAUGGCUCGCCCUACAGCGUGGGCGCUGGCGCCUAUUCCUACAACAGCUUCCCCGCCUACGGCUACGGGAACUCGGCCGCCGCCGCAGCUGCAGCAGCUGCAGCAGCCGCCGCAGCCGCGGCCUACAGCGGUAGCUACGGCUGUGCCUACCCGACAGGCGGUGGCGGUGGCGGGGCCUCCGCCGCGACCACCGCCAUGCAGCCCGCCUGCAGCGCCACUGGCGGCGGAUCCUUUGUGAACGUGGGCAACCUGGGAGGCUUUGGCAGUGGCGGCGGCGCUCAACCUUUGCACCAGGGUGCCGCAGCAGGGGCCGCGUGCGCACAGGGGACCUUGCAGGGCAUCAGGGCUUGGUAAGGAUAGGGCAGGACUUGAGGCGGGCGUCCUCCCGCAGCUUGGCGCCGCGGGAAUGAGACACGAGAAAGGCCAGACCCGAGGGCCAGGUCCCCUCGUUAAAAUAAAAUACGGACAUGUCGCUCCCCAAGGGGCCAGGGUCGCAGCACACUCUAGGCUUGGGGCUCAGCGGAGAAACGGAUGCCCUGGUCGAGUCGUCAAGACUGUCUGAGACAGAAGUACCGACCAGACGCCAGGGAAGAGGUUGGCCCCCACCCUGGCUCUGCCGGGAGUGCGGGAGGCUGGGACUCCGGCUGUCGCUUGCUCUCCGGAGGAGGGCUUUUCCUUCGACCUUCCUUUGGCCUUCUCGAAGUAUGGUCGGGGAACCGGACCAAACAGGGGAAAAAGAAAGAAGAAAAAAGAAAGAAAGAAAAAUAGUUGGGGAGAGAGCGUGAAGGAGAGGGAAAUGGGGUACUGGCGUGAGAGAUUCCACCGCUCUGCAGCCCCUUUUGGAGCGCCACAACCCAGAGGAUUUUCGUUUUCCAACUGUCUCUCUUCUGAGACAAGACUCCGCCCGGAUCUCCGAAUUGUCAGGGGACUCUUCUCGGAGACCACCACCCCAGUGAGAUCGAAGGUUGGGGGAAGGGAGGCAGCUGAGCAAAUCCAGGACCUGGCGGCCCAGCUUAGGUGUCCCAGGUUGGUUCCUUUCUGUUUUGUAUUCUGUAUUCAGCACAUUAUCUCUCUGUAUAACUGUAUCCACACGCCGUGUACACAACCGCUGUCAUACACUACAGGACUCAAUAAAGAAGGUGCAAUAUUUCUGAA